AUGAGUCAACAGCAACAACAACAACAACAAUCACAACCAGAAAAAUCGCCAUUCCGUAGUUAUACCAAGGAAGAAUUAUACAAUUUAUUAACUAAACUUGAACUUCCUGUUAAAGCUAAAACUACUAAGAAGGCAAUGGUGGAAAUUAUUGAUGAUUUUGUUGAGAAAAAUCCUGAACAAUUAAACAUUAUUGAAAAACUUUUACAAGCUGAUGAUGAUGAAGAGGAAGAAGAAGAAGAAGAUGAUGAUGAUGAUGCUAUUGUAGAAGUUGUUAAUAUUGAUGGUGAAGAGGAAGUUGAAGAAGAAGGUGAUGAUGAUGAUGAAGAGGAGGAGGAGGAAGAGGAGGAAGAAGAAGGUGAUGAUGAUGAAGAAGAGGAGGAAGAUGCUGAUGAAGAUGACGACGACAAAGACUAUGAAGCUCCACCACCAUUGAAUUUAAAAGAAUGGGUUGUUGAUCCAAUAAUUGCUCAAUCAGAAACUGUUAUUGAAAAAUUUUAUGAAUUUACUGAUAAUGUUGGUAUUACUUAUUUAAAUCAAAGUGAAAAAUUAAGAGAUCAAUUAAGUUCUAUUGUUACAUUAAAUUAUUUACAAAUUAUUAUUGAAUUUUUAAUUUUCAUUUAUACAUUUAUUCAAUUGGUUCCAUUAAAUGAAAAUAAUUUAAUUCAUCAAAUUUUCCAUGAUAAUAUUCCUUAUUUAUCUACAAUUACUUGGCCAUCAUUAGAAAUUUCAUCAAUUUUCCAAUAUAAAUCAAUUAUUACAUUUAUAAUUUGGUCAAUUACUUCAAUUAUUAUUCCAUCAAUUAUUUCUUAUUUUAUAAAUUUUACUUCAAGAGUUAUUGAAAUUGAAGAUGAUGAAUAUUUAUUUAGAAUUUAUUCAUUUGAUCCAUUUAUUUUUGCUUUAUCAAAAAUUUUAACAUUUUAUUUUAUUAAUAAUCAAUUUCCUUUAAUUGAAUUUGCUACUUAUGAAUGUUUUAUUUCUGGUAUUUUUAAUAAAAUUUUAUUAAAUAUUGGAUUAUAUCAAUCAUUUGCAACUAAUAAUUUGGGGACUUUACCUUAUGUUCUUGGUGGAGUUAAUGUUUUAAUUGCUCUUUAUGCUCAAUUUGAAGAAUAUUAA